AUGUCGAAGAUACACAAGCUGGGAAGAGAGAUGAUGACUGACCUGUAUUGUGCAGAGGCAAAGUCAUUUGAGCAGACUGUGGAUGAGAUAGAGAUAAGGAUAACAGAGUACAGCUCGGAGAAGUUAGAGUUUGACCUGAUCAAUGUCGACUGCUCCAUUGCCAAUGCUCUGAGGCGCAUACUCUCGAGCGAGGUUCCCACGAUGGCAGUGCGGGACAUUUUUCUGAAGGAAAACGAGAGCGUGUUCCCGGACGAGUUUAUAGCACACAGGCUGGGGCUGGUCCCCUUGGAGGUAGACCCGGAGAUGUUCGAGUUUGCGGGCGAAGAAUUGGACGAAAGGAACUCUCUUAGGUUUACUCUUGAUGUUAGGAACGAGUCUGAAGGUGUUCUGAAUGUAUAUUCGGAUGACAUCAGAUGGAAUCCAGUGGGGAGCCAGAGGGAGAUUUUCAGGGAUGUCAAGUUCAGCAGCAGGGUGCUUAUGUUUAGGCUAGCUCGUGGACAAAAGAUAAGUGCAGAGCUUGUGUGCACCAAGAAUGUGGGGAAGGUGCAUGCGAAGUGGAGUCCGGUGUGUCCAGCAACCUACAGGCUCAUGCCAUUGAUUGAGAUAGGAGACAUCUUUGAUGAGGAUGCCUACAAGCUGCAGAAAUGUUUUUCGGAGGGAGUCAUAGAUGUAAGGCCCAGCGACGGGAGAAUGAAGGCCUAUGUGAGUAAUCCUCGGCUGGAUUCGAUGAGCAGAGAGGCGCUUAGACAUGAGGAGUUCAAGGACAAGAUAUUUAUUGGAAGGAGGUCUGACUACUUCCUAUUUACAAUCAACACCGUGUUUCUGGAUCCGCUUUACCUGCUAGAGAAGGCGGUUUCAGUACUUAUAGAAAAAAGCAGAGCCUUGAGGUGCGAGGCUGAGGGUCUUCUGGGACAAUGA